AUGCUGCUGCCCAUCUUGGUGUGCGUCGCCACUUACUCUCCGCUGAGCGUGCGCACUUUAGUCAUCACCCGGCUCCCUGACUCCCUUCGCUUAGUCAGGGACCACUUCCUCUCAGUUUGCCCCACCACACUCACCGUUGACCUCCUCAAGGAGCGCCUCCUAGCAACAGAGAAGAGCAUAGUCCUUGUAGGAGCCUCUCGUCGUGACCCUCGCACCCCCGUCUUUGAGGGGUGUUCCCCCUCCCCCCUCUUGCCCUCUGUUGCUUCUGCUGCUACGGCCAACCUCGCUGGCUUUGAGUCGGUCGGCGCUGCGUCUGCCCCUAGCAAGAGACGCCGCACCGUCAAGGGCAAGGGGGGCAAGGGCGCUGGAGGGGCUGGAGGGGGCGGUGGAGGUGGUGGUGGAGGCAGUGGAGGGGGUGGGGGUAGUGAUGGGAGUGGUGGCGGGGGUGGAGGUGUCGGUGGCAGCAGUGGAGGCGGAGGAGGCGGUGGCGGUGGCGGAGGGAGCGGAGGCAGCGGUGGUGGCGGAGGCGGCGGAGGUGGCGGAGGCAGCGGCAGCGGUGGUGGAGCUGGUCGCGGCUCUACGCAGAGGAGUGGUUCUAGUGGUGGUCCGCGCCAGUAG